AUGGUGGCAGGAGGAGGGCUCAUCCCAGGGGUCCCUGACUCCGGGGUGUCCCCUCCCGAACAGGAGCAGAAGGCGCAGCUGGAGAAGGAGGUAUCAUCCCGCAGCCGCAUCCCCCGCCUGGUCCUCCGGCCGCAGCAGAAGGUAUCCCCAGCUUCCGAGUCGCCUUUUUCGGAAGAGGAGAGCCGGGAAUUCAACCCGCCCAGUUCCUCCGGGGGCUCCGGCAGGACCGUCAGCAGCAAUAGCUUCUGCUCAGAUGACACUGGCUGUCCUAGUAGCCAGUCAGUAUCUCCAGUUAAGACUCCUUCUGAUGCUGGAAACAGUCCAAUCAGUUUUUGCACUGGUAGCGAUGGAGACUUCUCCAGGAAGAAAUUCAGUCCAGGGACAAUGAGUGAAGGGAAUCCGCAGCUGACUCGAUAUAAGAAGGAGACAAAGACAAGCCUUGUAAAGCCCGGCAGUGAAGCCGAUUUUAGCUCUUCAAGCAGCACAGGCAGUAUUUCAGCGCCUGAAGUCCAUAUGUCUGCUGCUGGAAGCAAAAGAUCUUCUUUUUCCCGCAAUCGUGGCCCUUAUGGUCGGAAUAAUGGAUCCUUAUCCUACAAGUCUGGAGCCAGCCCACCUGCUUCCCGUGAAAAGGACCCUUUGUCAACACUGUGCAAAAACCAGCUGAGUCCUGCUAGCAUCCAUCAGAGUUACAGGGCUUCAUCAGCCAGCAGCAGCAACUCAGGCUCAUACAAAGGAAGCGACACCAGCCCGGUGAUGAGGCGAUCAGGGAGAUACAACUCUUGUGGGGAAAAUCACACCAUUAAGCCACAAAAUCCAGAGCAGUAUUUGACUCCUCUGCAGCAGAAAGAAGUUACAGUACGUCAUUUGAAAACAAAGCUGAAGGAAUCUGAGAGCAAACUUAAAGAAAGGGAAACAGAAAUACAAGAGCUCAAAGCUCAGCUGGGACGGAUGAGGGAAGACUGGAUAGAAGAAGAGUGUAAUCGUGUGGAGGCAGAGCUGGCCUUAAAGGAAGCAAGAAGUGAAAUUAAACAACUCAAGCAGGUUAUUGAAACCAUGAAAAACAGCUUGGCUGAGAAAGACAAAAAAAUUCAGAAAUACUUCAUAGACAUAAACGUUCAAAACAAGAAACUGGAAUAUCUGCUGCAGAGCAUGGAGAUGAGGGAUGAGCAGUGCCUGGAGUACAUGUGUGACUCAGAGGGGAAGCCAUUAGCAUUGUGUGCCACAAUGCCAGACAGCCUCAUCACGGAAGACCAGGCUCUGGAGGAGGUGGCAGACAGUGGGCUGCUUCUUAAUGAGGACACAGCUAAUGGGACUGAUUCAGCUGAAGAGAGUUUGAUCACCACAACCUCUGAGUUAAGUGAUCCAGCUCCCUCCAGUUCUGCUGUAAAUAAAGAGAUGCUUGAACAUGUUCUGGAUGAAAAACUAACUUCCUCCCAGGAGGAGGAGAAAAACAGCAACAUGAUGGUGGAACAGGCCGUCCAGACUGAUGUGGUGCCAUAUAGCUUAGAUGUGGAGCACCUCAUUCAAAACAUCUUCAGAGCUCAAGAUGUCUGUCCUCUAAGCCCACCUUCUUCACUGAAGGAAUUGAGUGAAUUUUCUUUUGGAAGCUUCAGUGAUUCUGGCAUGAUCGUGGACUUAACUCCAAGUGAUCCAAACUCUGCCAUCCUUUUGUCUCCUAUGGAGUCUCCAUGCAGGAAGGUGGAGCACGGAGUUAAUGAAAACCGUUUCAUGAAAGAACUUGAUUUUGCAGAACCUCAUGAUGAUGAAGCCUUUGGGUGUGUCAAUACUUUCUCUCAGACAGGAAUAAAGAGGAGAUACUGGAGCAGCAGUCUUCUCAGAGAUGUUCUGGCUGUAGCAGCCCCUGUUGUACCAACUCUUGUGUGGGCUUUCAGCACUCAGAGAGGAGGAACAGAUCCCAUUUAUAAUAUUGGAGCAUUGCUUCGUGGUUGCUGCCUGGUGGCUCUGCACUCUUUACGCCGUACACCCUUCAAUAUCAAAACCUAAAGUCCACUCUGCCCCUGGGCACCAACUGGCUGACACAGAGAGAAAGAGGAAUGAGAUAGACCAUAAAAAGUUAUUGUAUAUUCUGGCAGAGUCCAUAAUUUUGCUUUUGACUAUUUGAUUUGCACUAUAAAUCGGUUCGAAAACAUGUUCCUUGUUUCAAAAUAAAAA